CAAUUCGAACCCCGAGAAAGCUUGUAUUUUUUAAAAUUUCAGACUAUUGAGUUUUUUUUUAAGGAAGCGAUUGCCAGUCUGCCAUUGAUAUUGUUAGUGAGUGCCACAUUGUCUACCCAAAUAUCAAGGAAGCUCUCUGGAAAAGUAGGAAACCAGGCCAGCUCUGGUUUGGUAUUCUCUGUCGUAGGUAUUAUCUCUAACCUGACGUCAGGAACUCUGUAUCUCGUCAUACAAGUUCUAUUUCCUAAAGGAAGUGAGUCUGCCGAUUGUCAAGAGUGUGGGAGUUACGUACAAAACGUGUUCUCAUUCGUGCCCAGCUCACUGGCUGCUUUUAGCUUGCUGCUUGUUAUAAUUUUUCAAGUUUACAAGACAGUCUGCGGGAAAAAAGGAACCGAGAAGGAGACUGAACCAGUCUCAGGCUAUACAACCCACUUGUGAUGUACUGUCGUGAGGAAAUAAUACGUCGCGCUACUGGCUGGCUGGAGCUGGUGGCAUUUACCGUAAUAUCGUUCAUAUUAGCUA